AUGGCUAGAAGACCAGCUAGAUGUUACAGAUACCAAAAGAACAAGCCAUACCCAAAGUCUAGAUACAACAGAGCUGUUCCAGACUCCAAGAUCAGAAUCUACGAUCUGGGUAAGAAGAAGGCCACUGUCGAUGAGUUCCCAUUGUGUGUCCACCUUGUCUCCAACGAGUUGGAACAACUGUCCUCUGAAGCUUUGGAAGCUGCCCGUAUCUGUGCCAACAAGUACAUCACCAAGGUCAGUGGUAGAGACUCGUUCCACUUGAGAGUCAGAGUGCACCCAUUCCACGUGUUGAGAAUCAACAAGAUGUUGUCGUGUGCCGGUGCCGAUAGAUUGCAACAAGGUAUGAGAGGUGCCUGGGGUAAGCCUCACGGUCUAGCUGCCCGUGUCGCUAUCGGCCAGAUCAUCUUCUCUGUCAGAACCAAGGACUCCAACAAGGACGUCGUCAUCGAGGGUUUGAGAAGAGCCAGAUACAAGUUCCCAGGUCAGCAGAAGAUCAUCUUGUCCAAGAAGUGGGGUUUCACCAACCUGGACAGACCAGAGUACGUUAAGAGAAGAGAUGCCGGUGAAGUCAAGGAUGACGGUGCUUUCGUCAAGUUCUUGUCCAAGAAGGGUUCUUUGGAAGAAAACUUCAGAGAGUUCCCAGAGUACUUCGCUCAACAAGCCUAA